AGCCACACGUUGCACAACAACGUCUUCGGAGUCAGUUGAGCCUGUCCGUCUGCAUCUGCCCUGAGAACUGGAAACAUGCUGUCCUUCGCUCUGAGACGAGUCACGCGGCCACUGUGCCAGCGAGCCCCGGUUCGUCUCGGUGUGCAUGGCCAACAGUCACACUCCGCCUCCCGCGCGGUGGAAGAAGAUCGUCCAUGGACGGGCCAGGAAAGCCUGGCCGAGGACGACCCCGAGAUGUGGGAUCUGAUGCUGAAGGAGAAGGACCGGCAGUGCCGCGGAUUGGAGCUCAUUGCAUCCGAGAAUUUCUGCAGUCGAGCAGCUCUGGAAGCUCAGGGCUCCUGUCUGAACAACAAAUACUCUGAAGGCUAUCCAGGGAAAAGAUACUACGGUGGAGCAGAAGUGGUCGAUCAAAUUGAGCUGCUGUGUCAGAAACGAGCCUUGGAGUCCUUCGACCUGGACCCAGCUCUGUGGGGGGUCAACGUCCAGCCGUACUCCGGUUCCCCCGCUAACUUUGCCGUCUACACGGCCGUGCUCAAGCCCCAUGACCGCAUCAUGGGCCUGGACCUGCCUGACGGAGGACAUCUGACCCAUGGCUACAUGUCUGACGCGAAGAGGAUCUCUGCAACCUCAAUCUAUUUUGAGUCCAUGCCUUACAAGCUAAAUACUACAACAGGACUCAUAGACUACGACCAGAUGGAAAUGACGGCCAAGCUGUUCAGGCCCAAGCUCAUCAUCGCUGGCACCAGCGCCUAUGCCCGCCUCAUUGACUACGCCCGCAUCAAGAAGCUGAGUACUGACAUUAAGGCCUACCUGCUGGCUGAUAUGGCUCACAUCAGUGGCCUGGUGGCCGCCAAAGCCGUCCCCUCUCCCUUUGACCAUGCUGACCUGGUCACCUCCACCACACACAAGUCCCUCCGAGGAGUCCGGGCUGGCAUCAUCUUCUAUCGUAAGGGCGUUCGCUCAGUGGACAAGAAGGGGAAGGAGGUCAUGUACGAUCUUGAGGACAAGGUCAACUUCUCUGUGUUCCCCUCCCUGCAGGGCGGACCUCAUAAUCACGCCAUCGCUGGUGUGGCUGUGGCACUCAGACAGACACAGUCUCCCAUGUUCAAGGAGUACAUCUCCCAGGUACUGAGGAACGCCAAGUCUAUGGCCGGUGCUCUCCUCAGCAAAGGCUACACCCUGGUAUCAGACGGGACCGACAACCACCUGGUCCUGGUUGAUCUGCGGCCUAAGGGCAUUGACGGGGCUCGGGCCGAGAGGGUGCUGGAGCUUGCUUCAAUCACCGCAAAUAAGAACACCUGCCCCGGGGACAAGAGCGCCCUGACUCCUGGUGGCCUCAGGCUAGGUGCUCCAGCCCUGACAUCCAGACAGUUCAAAGAAGCUGACUUUGUGAAAGUUGUCGAGCUCAUGGAUGAAGGCUUCAAGAUCGCCUUGGAUGUCAAGAAAAAGACUGGAAAGCUCCAGGAAUUCAAGAACUUCCUUCUUCAGGACCCAGAGACCGUGACUCGCAUCGCCAACCUGCGCCAUCGCGUUGAAGCUUUUGCCAGGCCCUUUCCCAUGCCAGGCUUCCACGACCAUUAAACCAAACACUAUAGAGUCUGUGGGGCCAUAACAGCCAGGUGGCGUAAAGCUGGCUGAGCAAAAGUGUACGAGGAGAUGGGGAAUGUCACGAUAGUGAAUUGUGGUUGCUGCCUGUGAAACAGGUUGACUCCCUUUUGUUUCCAAUCAGAUCUGGGGAUGCUACAUAUUGGUUUUUUUUUUAUACAUCUUGUAAUCCAUCAUGUAAUCGUUCAUGUAAAAACUUUGCCUUCAGUUUGGGGUAAAGAAACAGUCAAAUGUAAGGGAUUUUGUAGAGCCGAAGAACCUAUUUUCUAAUAUAUGCGUAAAGAUCUAUCUCAGUUCUUCUUGAAUGUGGGUGUGUGAGAAGAAAAAACAUGUCGUAUCAAACAACAACCAACAGCUCUUGGUGUCGGAGACUCUGUGACUUGAUUGGUGUAUAAUUAGUUUUUUAUAAUGAGAUACACUGAGAGGUCUUAAUGCUGUAAAGAGUCUUAAUUAAUGUCACUAAUGUUUUAAUUACAUUCACAAGGAGAUGUGUGCAUGAUGGCUUUCUUUUCUGUUUAUUAAACCAGGUACACAAGAUGAUCGUAUGAGGUGAUGGGAUGUUCUGCCAUACAGUGUUGUGCUGGCUCUUAGAUUUAUGUGGGGCAGUUUUUGAAGAUCAGAAAUGAACCCAAAAUGUUGUCAAAUAUUAUUUAUGAAAGUCGGACCUUUUAACUAAGUAGAGAUGUGUGCAUCUAGUCUCUAAAGUUAGAUUGCACAGGAGGUGGACUAAAUCCGCUAAACAUUUUUUAAUAUACUGAGCAACUAAAGCAACACUAGAAACUGUGUUCACGUAUGUUUACAGUUUUCUAUUUUUAACCAAAUCAGAUAUAAGCUCAUUUUCUUUUGACGCUGUUGCUACUGCAAUGUCUCUUUUUCUUCUUCCAGCAUAUCUGAUGUCAGAUUUGAAUUGCUAAAUAAUUUGCUAUGAUAGAUGAAUAACCAAAUGGAAUAAUGACAGAAAUGUCAUACUGGACUAUUUUAUACUUUUAAGUGCGUUUACAAAGUAUCUAAACUUUUCUAUGUAUCAUUUAAAAAUAAUCAACCGUGUAACGGCCAUCAUUUCACAUUUAUCUUGAGGUUUCCAAUACCAGCUGAAUUGUUGCACUAGAAGAAAGACUCAUAGUGCAGUGUGCCUGCUCUUACACAAUGGUGUUCAAUAAUGGAAAUUGUGAAGCAGCUUUAUUUGGGAAAAAAACAAUGUGUGUGUGGCUCACAGAAAGGAGGUGUUGUCAUUAUCACUGCAUCAGUGAGGAAGCAACAGUUCUGUUCGUGAACCGUUCGUAGAGCACAAUCGAGAAAAGAGCGUUAGAAAUGGAGUUACUUUCUUACUUUGCACAAAACACAGCUUCUAAAGUGAACCAAAUCAUAUCAAUUAUCCACAUCGCAAGUUUUUGACAGACUAAACAUUGCCAAACUAUACCAAAAGUAUUUUACUAUGUUCAUGAAUCUGUUCAUCAUCUCGGAUAUGUUGCCAGCCUUUUUACUGAACAUCAACUCUGUAAAAGAAAGUUAGUUCAAACUGAGCAUUUUAUUAACAUGUAAUUGGUAUUAGCUGAGUCCAAAUAAAAUCCAAUAAUGCAUA